AAACUGCAGAGACGAGGGAUGUGCACAGCAAGGAGCUCAGGAUGUUUGACAACCUGGGAGCUGUCAUAACUGUCACCCUCUUCCUUUUCGUCUUGGACCCUGGCUGGGUGGCAUCCCAGGCAUGCUCGUACCCUUGCCAGUGCCCUUCGCAGGUGUUCCAGUGCCCAGCUGGUACCAGCCUUUUAUUGGAUGGCUGCGGCUGUUGCAAAGUGUGUGCCAGGCAGCUCGGCGAACUGUGCUCCCUGCAGAAACCUUGUGAUCACCAUAAAGAGCUCUACUGUGACUUCUCCAAAAUCCACAGAGACAGUGGCAUCUGCUUAGCUCAUGAAGGGGCCACCUGCGACCUGUUGGGGAAGAUCUACCUUAACGGUGAGAGUUUCCAGCCCAGUUGCAAGCUGCAGUGCAUCUGCAUGGACGGCGCCAUUGGCUGCAUCCCUCUUUGCACCGACGGCAUGCGGCUCCCUUCCCCCGAUUGCCCCUUUCCCCGCCGGGUGAAAGUGCAGAACAAAUGCUGCGAAGAGUGGGUCUGCGAAGGGGGCAGCAGCCAGCAGAACCAUUAUGGAAAGGGGAUGGCAGGUUACAGCAACAAUCCAGCUCACAGGCCCAAGCCUAGGCACAACAGCCUCCAGGAGAACUGCUUGGUUCAGACCACUGAAUGGAGUGCUUGCUCAAAGACCUGUGGGAUGGGCAUCUCCACCCGGGUCACCAAUGAUAACCCCCAAUGCCGGCUGGAGAAGGAGAGCAGGCUCUGCAUGGUCCGGUACUGCAACGUCCCCUUGGAGAAGAAAAUCAAGAAGGGAAAGAAGUGCGUGCGGAACCCCAAGCCCCGCCGAGCGAUCCGCUUCGAGUUCACUGGCUGCAUCAGCACCCGCUCCUACCGGCCUAAGUUCUGUGGCAGUUGCAUCGAUGGGCGCUGCUGCACUCCACACGUCACCAGCACGGCGAAAGUGACCUUCCGGUGUCCGGAGGGGGAGACGUUCAUCCGCAAGAUGAUGAUCAUCAGAUCCUGCUCCUGCCACUACGAUUGCCCGGUGGACAACGACAUCUUCUUGGCCGUCUACCACCGGCGGAUGAUCGGGGACCAUGUCAAGUUGGAGAGGCAGUAGUGCUUUGCCAUCCUGUCUCCCUCGGGCUAGAUGGCUCUGUGUGUGUGUGUAUGUGUGUGAAACUAUCCAAAGAUGUUUCUGCUGCCAACACCUUGGACAAAAGAGAGACUGAUGGAGAAGGUUCUUCAUUAACGGGGAUGGUUAG